AUGUUUGCUAGUCUCAGAUCACUCCGCCUGCUUCAUACACCAUUAGGCGGAUUUUCUUCUGCCUCCAGAUGGUUGAAUACGUCUUCCUCUGCCGCGGCCGUGGCCAGAAGUGCAGUUGAUUCUUCAUUAAGGACGAAAGCUCUCACCAACGCCAAGAACGAAAAGGUGGUGAUGUGGAAAAUUUAUGCCACUUUUCAUAGACACAACACAUUGUGCUCCCUUGUUGCAGUCGUGGAAGACUUGGAUUUCAUGAAAAAGAAUGACCACUUGAGUUACAAUGAGAAAGUUCUCUACUACAUGCAAUUACCUCACCAGGUCAAGCUUCAUGUCAGUGCUGGUAUGUUGGGAUUCAGAAAAGCACAUAGAGCAGAAUAUGAAGCUGGAUACCAGGUUAGCUCCCGCUUAUUCAAAAUGAUCGAGGAAAAGAAGUUGUUUGGUCCUAACGACAAGGUCGAAUUGAUCUUGCGUGAUUUCGGAAAAGGAAGAGAAGCAUUUACUUCUGCAUUGCAAGGUAAAGAAGGUGCAAAUGUUCGUCCACAUAUUGUGAGGGUCACGGAUAACACCAAGUUGAAAUUCGGUGGUUCGAGAUCGAAGAAGUUGCGUCGUUUGUAA